ACUUGUUUUCGUUGCAGGCCGGGAAGGCCACAUGCUGAAAGUGCUGUCUUACAUUAGCGUCAAGCGCCUCACUCCAGCUCCUGCCAUCAUGUUUCAUAGCAUGAUAGCGAUCAUUUACAUCAUCCCUGGUGACAUCAACUCAUUAGUCAAUUACUUCAGUUUUGCUGCAUGGCUGUUUUAUGGUUUGACGAUCACUGGACUCAUUGUGAUGAGGUUUACAAGGAAAGAGCUGAAAAGACCUAUCAAGGUGCCCAUUUUCAUCCCCAUCUUGGUGACUCUCUUAUCCGUUUUUGGUUUUGGCCCCAAUCAUCAGCGCACCUGCGUGGGA